AUGAGCUCCAAGAUUGCUCUGCGUUGCUCGAGGAGUGUGCUCAACACUGGGCGAUCUACUAACGGGCGCUUGUGGCGAGUCUCGUGCUCACUUCGUCACUAUCAUGCAACGGCAUGUGUUUGGAAUGCACAGCGACCCCGAGUUACCACAGAGGGCGUUAAUGCUGCGAAGCAGGAAACAACCGUAGGUAUACCGUACUCGGAACUGACCGUUGGAGUACCACUCGAGGUUUACCCAAAUGAACACCGGGUAGCCCUUACGCCGCAGAAUGCAGCCCUCCUUCUUAAGAAGGGAUUCUCUCAAGUUUUGGUGGAGAAGUCAGCUGGUUCGAGGGCGCAAUUUUUGGAUGAGCAAUACAGGGCUGCAGGAGCGACGAUUGUGGACAGGGAACAUGUUCUUAAAACAUCGGAUAUAUUACUGAAGGUCAGACCACCAGUGCUCGGUCAAGAAGCUGAACAGGUCAAGGAAGGCGGCACCGUCAUCUCAUUCUUAUACCCUGGGCAGAAUAAGCCCAUCGUCGAUGCAUUGGCUGCCCGGAAAGCUAAUGCGUUCGCUAUGGAAAUGAUACCCCGGAUAUCUCGUGCUCAAGUUUUCGAUGCUCUCAGUUCUAUGGCUAAUAUAGCGGGUUACAAGGCGGUGUUGGAGGCAGCCAAUCACUUUGGACGAUUCCUGACAGGUCAAGUCACCGCGGCUGGCAAGAUCCCACCUUGUAAGGUACUCGUAAUCGGCGCUGGAGUGGCCGGGUUGAGUGCUAUUGCAACGGCCAGACGUAUGGGUGCUAUUGUGCGAGGCUUUGACACCCGAGCUGCAGCGCGGGAACAGGUACAGUCUCUUGGUGCUGAGUUCCUGGAAGUGGCCAUUAAAGAAUCAGGAGAGGGCGGAGGAGGAUAUGCCAGAGAGAUGUCAAAGGAAUUCAUCGACGCUGAGAUGGCACUCUUCCUGGAACAAUGCAAAGACGUAGACAUCGUCGUCACUACUGCACUCAUUCCUGGUAUACCUGCUCCGAAACUGAUCACUCAAGAGAUGGUUUCUGCUAUGAAGCAAGGUUCUGUGGUAGUAGAUCUGGCUGCCGAGACCGGAGGCAACUGCGCACUGACCAAACCAGGAGAACUGUACGUGCAUAAUGGUGUCACAAUUAUUGGUUACACGGAUCUGCCUUCACGUCUGCCUACUCAGUCGUCUACGCUGUACUCGAACAAUAUCACGAAAUUCCUUCUUUCAAUAGGUGAUAGCGGCAGGUUCGCUGUUAACCUGGAGGAUGAAGUGGUUCGUGGUGCACUUGUCGUACAUAAUGGCCAGUUGUUACCACCAGCCCCUCGACCUGCUCCUCCGCCGGUUGUGGCACCGCCAACACCGACGAAAGCGGAAGUAGAGGAAGCUAAGGCUAUUACCCCUUGGCAGAAGGCAACUCGAGAAGUUGCGACUAUCACGACCGGAAUGGGAACAGUUGUUGCAUUGGGUAAAAUUGCGGGGCCGGUGUUCAUGAGCAAUUUCUUCACAUUUGGUCUGGCUGGACUGAUUGGAUACCGAGUCGUUUGGGGUGUUGCGCCAGCAUUGCACUCUCCUCUGAUGUCUGUCACCAAUGCAAUCUCUGGUAUGGUCGGUAUAGGUGGUCUUUUCGUCAUGGGAGGUGGCUAUCUGCCAGGAACUAUUCCUCAAGCUCUGGGUGCCCUGUCGGUUCUUCUCGCUAGUAUCAAUGUCUCUGGCGGCUUCGUAAUUACCAAGCGCAUGUUGGACAUGUUCAAGCGUGCAACUGAUCCUCCGGAAUAUGCGUGGCUGUAUGGCAUUCCAGCUGUUGUGUUUACUGGAGGUUUCUUGGCUGCUGCAAGUACCGGUAUGUCAGGCCUUGUGCAAGCCGGUUAUCUCACGAGCAGUCUUCUGUGUAUCGGCUCCAUCUCUGGACUUGCUUCACAGACCACCGCUCGUCAAGGCAAUAUUCUCGGCAUUCUGGGCGUCAGCUCGGGUAUCUUAGCUUCAUUGGCGGCUGUUGGCUUUUCUCCGGAAGUUCUGGCUCAAUUCGCUGCCGUAUCCGCCAUUGGUGGGACCAUUGGGACUAUCAUCGGUAGACGGAUCACUGCCAUCGAAUUGCCGCAGAUGGUGGCUGCGCUCCAUUCGGUGGUUGGUCUUGCCGCAGUGCUUACGAGUAUUGGAAGUGUUCUCGCGAACGUUGAUCAUGCCUCUACUUUACAUCUAGUCACCGCCUACCUUGGGGUCCUCAUCGGUGGUAUCACGUUCACUGGCUCCAUUGUUGCUUUCCUGAAAUUGGCGGGCCGUGUCAGCUCUCGACCAUUUGUUCUUCCUGGAAGGAAUCUGGUCAAUGGUUCACUCCUUGGAGCUAAUAUUGCGUCUAUGGCUGCAUUCGUAUCCAUGGCUCCCCACGCACCUGUUGUUGCAGCUGGCUUCCUCGGUGUAAAUACUGUCUUGAGUUUCAUCAAAGGCUUUACGACCACUGCCGCUAUCGGUGGUGCAGACAUGCCGGUUGUUAUCACUGUCUUGAACGCAUAUUCUGGCUUCGCUCUUGUCGCGGAAGGAUUCAUGCUUGAUAACCCACUUUUGACGACCAUUGGUUCUCUCAUCGGCGUUAGCGGUUCAAUUCUGUCAUACAUCAUGUGCGUUGCGAUGAAUAGGACAUUAACAAAUGUCUUGUUCGGCGGCAUCUCCUCGCUAGCGCAGUCAGACUACAAGAUUGAAGGAUCAAUAACAAAGACCACCGUAGAUGAAACUGUCGAAAGUUUAGCGAACGCUGACAGUGUUAUCCUAGUCGUGGGCUAUGGAAUGGCCGUCGCAAAGGCACAAUAUGCGAUCUCCGACAUCGUGUCGUACUUGCGCUCUAAAGAUAUCAAGGUUCGAUUCGCCAUCCAUCCAGUUGCUGGACGGAUGCCCGGCCAAUGCAACGUCCUUCUUGCCGAAGCUUCUGUGCCCUAUGAUAUCGUCUUGGAGAUGGACGAGAUUAAUGACGAUUUUCCGGACACUGACGUGACGCUCGUCAUUGGCGCGAACGACACGGUCAACCCCAUUGCGCUCCAGCCGGGCUCGGCAAUUGCGGGCAUGCCUGUACUGCACGCGUGGAAGAGCAAGCAGGUCAUAGUCAUGAAGAGAGGCAUGUCCAGUGGAUACGCGGAUGUUCCGAACCCGAUGUUCUACAUGCCCGGCACGAAAAUGCUGUUUGGCGAUGCCAAGGAUACCUGUGAAGCUAUCAAGAAGGGAUUGCAGGCCAGGACUUAG